AUGGCGAUGGAGGAGGCGACAGCGACAGCGACGCCGUUCGGCUUCCCGGCGGAGGUGCGUCCGGGGGCCACGCGGGUGGGGUGGGUCGGCAUCGGGGUCAUGGGCGGCGCCAUGGCCGCGCGCCUCCUGGCCGCCGGGUACGCGGUGACGGCCUACGCGCGCACGCCGGCCAAGGCGGGGGCCCUGGUCGCCGCCGGAGCGCGCCUCGCGGGCUCGCCGGCCUCCGUGGCCGCGGCCUCCGACGUGGUCUUCACCAUGGUCGGCAACCCCGGCGACGUCCGCGCCGUCGUCCUGGACGCCGCGUCGGGCGCGCUCGCGGGCCUCCGCCCCGGCGGCGUGCUCGUGGACUGCACCAGCUCCUCCCCGUCCCUCGCGCGCGAGGUCGCCGCGGCCGCGCGCGCCGCCGGCUGCCACGCCGUGGACUGCCCCGUCUCCGGCGGCGACGUCGGCGCGCGGGACGGCACGCUCGCGCUCCUCGCCGGCGGGGACGAGGCCGUGGUGGCCUGGCUCGCCCCGCUCUUCGCGCAACUCGGCCGGCCGACCUAUAUGGGCCCGCCCGGCAGCGGGCAGAGCAGCAAGAUCGCCAACCAGAUCGCGGUGGCCGGCGCGGUGGUCGGCCUCGGCGAGUCCCUGGCCUUCGCCGGCGCCGCCGGGCUCGACGAGCGGCUGUUCCUCGGCGCGGUGUCCAAGGGCGCCGCGGGGUCGCGCGUGAUGGACAUCUUCGGCGAGCGCGCGGUGAGCCGCGACUUCGCGUCCGGGGGCGCCGUGCGGUACAUCAUCAAGGACCUCGGCAUGGCGCUGGAGGUCGGCGACGGCCAGGAUGAGGAGGAGGAGGCCAACGUGCUGCCUGGCUCGGCGCUGUACCGGCAGAUGUUCUCGGCCAUGUCGGCCAACGGCGACGGCGAGCUGUGCCUGCAGGGGCUGAUCACCGUCGUCGAGCGCCUGAACGGCAUCCGGAAGUAA